GAGAGGGGCUUUCGCUUCUCCUUUCUCUACUUCUCCCGACUGAGAGCUUCUUUCAACCCCGGUUCACUCCCAUGGAAGGGAGCACUCGGAAUCCUUCCAGGGUGGAGGGCUCCGCCCGCGCGGACGCUCGCCCCGCCGACUGGAGGUCCGACCUCAACGCCGAGUCGCGGCAGAGGGUCGUCGGCAAGAUAAUCAGCUCUCUAAAGAAACACUUCCCACCAGGUGCUUCUGAGGGUCUAAGUGAUUUUCAGAAACUUGCUGUUCGAUUUGAGCAAAAGGUUUACGCUGCAGCUACUAGCCAGGAUGAUUAUCUGAGGAGAAUUUCUGCAAAAUUGCUUACAAUGGAAACAAGAGCUCAAAAUGGUGCUGGAAUUAAUUCUUCACCAUCAGUCCUUGCUACUGAGAGCCAAAAUUUAGCUGAUCCAGGAAUUGGCACAAAAGCAUUGGUGGAUUCUACAGCACAGAUUGGAAAUGCAGAUGUCGUUGAUCGGCAAGAGGAAAUCUAUCAAGAGAUAAUGUCCUGGAAGAAGUACUCUACAGAGCUCAAUGAAUUCAAUGGAAGGAUUACUCUGAAGAUUGCGCAGUUUCAUCAUGAAGGUGUCAAUGCGGCGGCAACAAAACAAUCAAAACAGUUUGAAAAAGCAAAAUCGUGCCAGUCUGCAUCACGGCUCAUAUUAAAUCUUUUACAUACAUCUAAGAGCAACAUCAAUUCUGAUGUGAUGAGGAAGUUUCCUUUGCUUCAGAAUUUUAUGAGCAAUUUCAUAAAUUCAAGAAAGAAUAGGAGUGUUCCUUCUCAGCCUCAGGGACAUUCUCAGUCCAUGCCACAGCAUCUACCAUCUCAAGUUUCUCAGCUGCAGCAGCAUGAUAAUCAUGUAAACGAGGUGCAACGGAUAAACUUGCCGUGCUCGGUAGCAUCAAUGCAGUCAGCUGCUGCACCAAGCAUGCAGCUUGGAUCCAUGCCUUUAUCAACGGCUGUUAAUGUUCCAACAACACAGCAGAACAUGGCAAAUACACUGCAGCCAACUCCUAGCUUGGAUCCAACGAAGCAAGGAUCUUUGGACUCCAUGAAACAGGGAACUGUGGGCUUGGUGCAACAGGAUGAUGUUGGAUCCUUGCAGACUACCAUCAGUGCAUCUCAACAGCUACAUCAAGUGACACAGUUGCCGCUGCACCAGAUGCCACAGCAUCAAAAAAAUGAUGUAAAUGAGUUGAAGGGGAGACAAAGCUCUGGCAUCAAAUCAGGAUUAUAUCAACAACAUUACCCUUCAGGUCAGCACCAUAAUUAUUCUCAUCAACAACUUAAGGCAGGUGUCUCUUUUCCAAUUUCUUCUCCUCAAAACCUUCAACCUACUUCACCUCAAGUUUCUCAGCAUUCAUCGCCUCAAAAAAUUGAUCAGAACAUUCUAUUGUCAUCUCUUCCAAAAGAGCAAACACCUUCGCAGUCUGCAAACUCAACCUUUAUUUCGUCUCCUUAUGCUCCCACAACUCCCUCUCCAGUACCUGGAGAUCCUGAGAAACAUUUUAGCAUUUCAUCAUUAUCAAAUGCUGUAAUUAUUGGACAUCAACAAGCAUUUUCUUCCCCUCAAAGUCAUCCUAUUACUAUCUCUACACCUGGGAUUUCAGCCUCACAAUUGCUUGAAGAAUUUUCGAGUCCAGAUGGGUGUGAGGCGAAUGUUGUAUUUACAACUCUGGGCAAAUCAAAUGCCAAAGAACAGCCUAUAAAUCGCUUAAUCAAAGCGGUACAAUCCUUAUCACCAAAGAAGCUGAGCUCCUCUGUUAAUGAUAUUCGCUCUGUUAUCAGCAUGAUUGAUGGAAUAGCAGGCUCAGCACCUGGAAAUGGUUCCAGAGCUGCUCUUGGUGAAGAUUUAGUUGCCUCAACAAAGUUCCAUUUGGAAGCUCAGGAACUCAUGUCACAGGAUGGAAAUAAUAUGACAAAAAAAUUGAAGCGUGAUAUAACUGCCAGGCCCUUGAAUGUUAUGCCAUCAGCUGGCAGCAUGAGUGAUAGUUUCCAACAAUCUGAACUUGAAUCAACUUCAACAUCCAAUUUCAAGAGACAAAAAGUUGAGGUCAACCAUGCUCUACUGGAAAAGAUCAACGAGAUAAAUCAAAAAUUGAUUGGUAUGGUGAUAACUGCAAGUGAAGAUGCUGAUAUGGUUGUUGCUGCAGCUGGGGGAGAAGGGACAGUUAUCAAAUGUUGUUUUAAUGCUGUGUUUCUUUGUCCGAACUUGAAAUCACAGUUCGCUUCAGAUCAGAUGUCUCCAAUUGUGCCUCUGAGGAUUCUCAUUCCUACCAAUUAUCCAAAAUCAUCCCCCAUACUUCUAGACAUGUUACCAAGUGAACUGAGCAAGGAGUUCGGAGAUCUUUCUGUCAAGGCAUGGUCAAGGUUCAGAAUGUCCCUCCGUGACCUUCCACAGCCCCUUUUGCUUAGAGAAAUCGUAAAGACAUGGGAUGCCUGUGCACACAAAGUUAUUGAUGAGUACGCUCAGCAAACCGGAGGCGGUAGCUUCAGCUCUAGGUUUGGUGCUUGGGAGAAUUGUGUCAGUUCGUGACCGUGCUGCCGUCAACAACAUGGAUUUCUGAGGUCUUAUGGGUAUUUAGCCAUAAUUAACUAAUCAUCAUGAUGGCCAUUUUUAUGAAGGAUGCCUGUUGAAGACCAUAAAAAUUUGAACAAGGGAGUUAGCAAACAAACAGCUGGGGACAACAAUUUCUUCUGAAUUUUUGCUAAUUGUAAUUCAUUUGUCAUAGGUCCCAUAUAUAUAUUUUUUCUUGUGUUAUUUAGAAAGCAACAACCUGGCAUUCUUGGGGUUUCAUAUGCAGAUUCAACAGCUGCAUUAGUGCACUCGAGAUGGAAUCAAUGUCUUAUAUUGUGUGACAUAGACUGUUUAGUCUUCUUGUUAUGCCAUAUUGAUUAUACAAUAUACUGGUUCAAACCUGGUUUCAGACAAUUUCUUUUUUACAUUAAAAAAUGAAAGUGUACAUAA